UUGAACAUUUGCGCCGGCACAGCCACACGUGUGUUUCUAUGGACCACGGAGUGCUUUAAGUUUGAUAUUUCUUUAUUAAAGUGUAAAAACCACAGCGACAAAUAUGGGGAAGAAACUGAAAGUCGGAAAAACCAGAAAGGAUAAGUUCUAUCACCUGGCUAAAGAAACAGGUUAUCGCUCUCGUUCUUCCUUCAAACUCAUCCAGCUGAACCGUAAAUUUCAGUUUCUACAGAAAGCCAGAGCUCUGAUCGACCUGUGUGCUGCUCCUGGUGGAUGGUUGCAGGUGGCAUCUAAGUUUAUGCCUGUAUCCAGUCUCAUUAUUGGUGUUGACCUGGUGCCCAUCAAGCCCAUCCCCAAUGUAGUGGCGCUGCAAGAAGACAUCACCACAGACAAAUGCAGACAGGCUUUACGGAAGGAACUGCAGACUUGGAAGGUCGACGUUGUGCUAAAUGACGGAGCCCCGAAUGUGGGAGCCAACUGGCAACAUGAUGCUUUCUCACAGGCUCAUUUGACCCUCAUGGCCCUGAAGUUGGCCUGUGAUUUUCUGACCAAAGGCGGCACUUUCGUCACCAAGGUCUUCCGCUCCAAGGACUACCAGCCACUCCUCUGGAUCUUCCAGCAGUUCUUCAAGAAAGUUCAGGCCACCAAGCCGCAGGCGUCUAGGAACGAGUCCGCCGAGAUCUUUGUCAUCUGUCAGGGUUUUCUUGCCCCAGACAAAAUCGACAGUAAGUUCUUUGACCCCAAGCAUGCGUUCAAAGAGGUGGAGGUGCAGGCCAAAACUGUGAGGGAGCUGAAUCCUGUCAAGAAGCCAAAGGCGGAGGGAUACGCAGACGGUGAUCUGACACUCUACCACAGUUUCACAGUGACAGCCUUUUUGAAAGCUGAAAAUGCCAUAGACUUCCUGGACAAAGCCAGUGAGAUCACCUUUGACAACACAGACCUGCAGUCUCACCCAGCCACUAGCGAUGAGAUAAAGGAAUGUUUACGUGACAUCAAAGUGCUGGGCCGCAAAGAGCUCCGCCUGCUGCUGAACUGGCGAACCAAACUGAGGAGAUUCCUGGCCAAAAAACUGAAGGGGGAGGCCAAACAGCUGGACCCGGAGAUUGACUUAAGUUCUGAUGAAGAAAAGGCUGAAUCAGAGGAAGAGCCAGACAAGAAGACAGAGGAGGAGGAAGAGAAGGAGGAGGGGAAAGAAGAGGAUGACGAGGAGGAAGAAAUGGUGAAGAAACUGGCAGAACUGAAAGCUGAGGAGGUCGCUGAGCUCAAACGGAAGAAGAGGAAGCUGCUGAAGGAGCAGAGGAAGCAGAGGGAGAGGGUGGCGCUGAAGAUGGACCUGCCUGGCGUCUCCAUCGCAGAUUCCAACGACUCAUCCAUGUUCUCCCUCAGCACCAUCAAGAAGCAAAAGGCGCUGGCUGAUAUAUCCAAAGGGGACAUGCAGGUGGCAGACACCCUGGUAGAAGAGGGUGAGGAUGUCUACCUGUCUGAGGAAGAGGACGACGAUGCGGAUGCAAUGUCCCUGGCCUCUGAUUUAGAUGAUAAGGACAUGGAGGAGGUGGAGCAGAGGCAGAAAGAGCUGGAGAAGAAAGCACCAAAGAAGAAAGUAACAUUCACUGAAGAAGAAGAAGAGGAGGAGGAGGAAGGACAGGAUAGUGGCUUGCUAGUGGAACUGGAAGGAAAGGAUGAGAAGAAGGCGCGACAGACUGACCUGUGGUUCAGCAAGGGCAUCUUCUCUGAGAUCAACCUAGAAGGAGACGCAGAGAGCGAGCUUCGACAGACCGAGUGGCUUCAGAGCAAACAAAAAGGCAAAAAGAGGAAAGCUGAAGAAGAAGAGGAGGAGGAGGAGCAGGAGGCUGAAGAGAAGGUUGCUCCACCAGAGAAGGAAAAGGCGGGACCUUCAAAGGAAGCUGAAGAGGGGAGUGACAGCGACUCAGACGACAGCAGCGACGAUGAAAAGGAGAUCACCAGGAUGAAGCAGGUCACCAAAGGGGCCAAUGGGAUGUUGGGAGAGGCCAACGACGAUGACUUCCAGGUUGUUCCUGUAGAAAGUACCAGUAAAAAAGCCAGGAUCCUGGAUGCAGAGGGCCUCGCCCUGGGCUGUCAGAUCGCUACGUCUAAGAAGAGAGCCAGGGAUCUGAUGGAUGGCUCCUUCCACAGGUUUGCUAGCUCAGAGGAGCCGUGGGAUGUACCGGAGUGGUUCCUGGACGACGAACGGAAACACCGGAAGAAACCGGUGCCGGUUACCAAGGAGAUGGUGGAGGAGUACAAACAAAAAUGGAAGGAGAUCGAUGCCCGACCCAUCAAACGAGUUGCUGAGGCCAAGGCCAGGAAGAAGAGGAGGAUGCUGAAGAAGAUGGAGCAGGCUAAGAAGAAAGCAGAGGCAGUUGUCAACACAGUGGACAUCUCUGAGAGGGAGAAGAUGGCUCAGCUGAAGAGUAUCUACAAGAAAGCAGGUUUGGGGAAGGAGAAGAGAGAAGUAACAUACGUCGUGAGCAAAAAGGGGGCUGGCAAGAAGGUGAGGCGGCCCGCCGGCGUCAAGGGAGCGUUUAAAGUGGUGGACAGUCGCAUGAAGAAAGACAUGCGGGGGAUGCAGAGGAAAGAGCAACGUGCUAAAGGAGGCAAAGGAAAAGGCGGCAAAGGAAGAGGAGGGAUGAAGGGUGGAAAAGGGCGGAAAGGAAGAUAAAUGUGAACCUGUAGCGCUCUCACAGUCCUGCCUUUCUCACCAUUAAACAUCGCCUGGUUUGAAGUUACAGGCGAGCAUUUAUGGAGCUUUGUGAGCUCCAAAGUUUGACCUCCUGUCUUGUGUGUACAGACACCAGAAUGAACUUUGGUCACUCACACGGAUGCCCUCUUUUUAGCAACUUGUGCUGAAGUUAAUCCGCUGGAUACUUGAGAUAUGUUCUGUGGGUAUUUAAAUGCUGCUGUUCUGUGCACGUCUUUGUGAAGAUGUUGAUCUGAGUGGUUUCACUGAACAGCUGAACUGCCAGUGGCAGUACAUCGAGUAAAACACAAUAACAAUCAAUGUGUUCUCCAGAAAUGUUGCUAUUAAUAUUGUAAAUAUUAUAUACACAUUUUGCAAUAAAAGUUUUGUCCAAUAAUUUA